CUGGCGGUGCGUUCAGGGUCCCCGCCGGACGCGGCUAUAAAAAGCCGCAGCGGACUGGCGGGGAGGAGGAUGAAGAUGAGGAGGAUGACGAUGCUGCUGGCGCUGAUGAGCGUCACUUUGAGUGUAACCUCCGCUGCUCAGUUGGGGGUGGUCACGACGGAAGCGGGACAGGUUCAAGGGGUGAGUAAGAGCAUGGGACUUCUGCGCUCUGUGGACGUCUUCAAAGGGAUCCCCUUCGCGGACACCCCUGGGCUGUGGGAGAAACCCAAACCGCACAGCGGGUGGGACGGAGUAAUGAAGGCAGACAAAUAUGCGGAGCGCUGCUUGCAGGUGACCUUGUUGCAGACCAAAACCCGAGGCAGCCAGGAUUGUCUCUACUUGAACAUCUUCGUUCCUCAGGGACGUAGAUUGUCCUCCAACCUGCCCGUCAUGGUCUACCUGUUUGGCGGCGCCUUCCUGUUGGGGGCGUCCAACGACCUCACCAUCCUGGGCAACUCGCUCUACGACGGCAGAGAAAUGGCGGAGCGAGGCAACGUCAUCGUGGUGACGGCCAACUACCGAGUGGGAACGCUGGGCUUCCUCAGCAGCGGCGACGCGCGACUGCCAGGUAACUACGGGCUGUGGGACCAGCACGCCGCCAUCUCCUGGGUGCGCAGGAACAUAGCGGCCUUCGGAGGGAACCCGGACAACAUCACCAUCUUCGGCCAAUCGGCCGGCAGCGCCGGCGUCAGCUAUCAGACCCUGUCGCCCUACAGUAAAGGACUGUUCCGCCGGGCCAUCAGUCAGAGCGGCGUGGCGUUGAGUCCGUGGGCGCUGCAGGGGAACCCGAUGGCGCUCACCAAUAAGAUCGCCCGCAAGGUGGGCUGUUACCGCAGCAACCAGGACUUGAUGCUGACGUGUCUGAAGAUGACCGACCCGGUUGGACUCACCAUGGCGGGAAAGAUUGACAUCCUGCAAUUGCUGGGCAAAGGCGUGGUCAUGGACCUUCUGGAGUUCGCCCCGGUGGUCGACGGCGACUUCCUUCCCGACCAUCCCAGUCGGCUCUUUCACAACGCCGCCCACUUUGACUACAUGGCCGGCGUCAACUCCAUGGACGGACACCUCUUCGCCGGCGUCGACGUUCCCUCCAUCAACAAGAAGAACGCCAACACCACCGUAGAGGACGUCAGGGGUCUUCUGGCCGGCUUGACGAAGGAGAAAGGUAACGCGGCCGUGGACUCGGCCUUGAGCGUCUACUCCGCCCACUGGGGCUCCGUGCCAGCGCCGGAGACGGUGAAGAAGACGGUGGCGGACAUCGAGACGGACUUCCUGUUCCUGGUGCCCACUCAGAUCGCCCUCCAGCUCCACGCCAACCACAGCAGCGGCGCCCGCACCUUCUCCUACUUCUUCAACAUGAAGACCCGUAUCCCGGGGUUCCCUCGCUGGGUGGGGGCGGAGCAUAGCGAGGAGCUGCAGUACUUGUUCGGGAAACCGUUCUCCUUCCCGCUGGUCUACUUCCCCAGGCACAGGGACCUGUCAGGCUACAUGAUGGCGUACUGGACCAACUUCGCCAAGACGGGAAACCCCAACCAAGGAGGCAGCAAGGUCCCGGCCCAGUGGCCCGCCUUCACCAGGACUCACCGGCCCUUCCUGGCCAUCAACCACCAGACCAGCAAGUCCUCCGUCAGCUACGACCUAAGACAGGACUACGUCACCUACUGGACGAGCUCGUACAGCAGCCUGCCCGACGUGUGAAGCUAGCAGUUCAUGUCAAAGAAAAUGAAAUAAACUCUUUGCU